AUGAGCCUUUUCAUGAUCUAUUCUUUUGUCCUCGCCGCUGUGACCCUUCCGUCUGCUCUCGCGGCGACGGUGGAUGUCUCUGUCGGCGACGGAGCUCUUCGCUUUAAUCCUGAGUUUAUCACCGCUUCUCCAGGGGACGUCGUCAACUUCGUAUUCCAUCCGAAAGCGCAUUCUGUUACGCAGUCGUCCUUCGCUUCGCCCUGCUCUCCCCUUUCAGGCGGCUUCGACUCUGGACUGAUGCCUGUGGCCGCUGGAACUACUGAUCUACCCAGCUACCAGGUCAAGGUCAACGACACGAAUCCGGUCUGGGUGUACUGCAAGCAGCCCGGUCCUCCUGCGCACUGUGGUCAAGGAAUGGUCUUCGCUAUCAAUGCCCCGGCGGAUCCGAACCCGCACUCCUUCUCCGCCUUCCAGGCACUUGCUAAUGCUACAGCCUCAAACACCACGUCGAACUCUAUCACCAGCGCUGCUACCUCGACAUCGACAUCCGCAUAUGUUACGCCUCCUCCACCAUCGUUUGUGACGGUCACCGCGACUGUGACUCUUGGUGCAUCUACGUGGACAACCACAUACGCCUCGUACGACGGCACGCCGCCCCCCACUCCCGCGGCUCAGCCGGUUGAACACGAGAUUCUGGUCGGUGCGAACAACCAGCUUGCAUUCAGCCCUCCCAACAUCACCGCUUCCAUCGGAGAUACCGUUAAGUUUUUCUUCAACCCCAAGAACCACAGUGUCACCCAAUCCAGCUUCCUCAAGCCUUGCAACAAGCUGGCGGAUGCGACUACUGGAGACCUCGUCGGCUUCGACUCUGGAUUCAUGUUCAUCGAUCCCUCGGCCCCUGUCAACCAGACGACCUUCACCAUCACAGUCAACACCACUGCGCCCAUCUGGGGCUACUGCCGUCAAACUAAUCCCGUUGAUCACUGCGGAUCUGGCAUGGUUUUCAGCAUCAACGCAGUCGAGUCCGGCCCCAACAACUUCGCCGCCUUCCAAGCUUUGGCCAAGCAGAUCAACGGGACUAGUACCGCUUCGGGAUCCGGAUCUUCCACUGGCUCCGGCACUGCUUCGUCGUCCACCUCCACCAGUACCAAGAGCGGAGGUGCUCGCAUCGCCAGUAUUAACACGAUCCCGAUGGUCAUCGCUCUUGUCCUGUGCGCGGUUGGUAACAUCGGUUAA